AUGAACACAUUAGAUGAAAAUCUCCUUAUUUGUCAAUUCUAAACCUAAGUUGAUUAACUUUAUAGGUCUAUGAAUUAGGAACUCUUGAUUAAUCUAUUUCAUCUAGCCAAUCAAACAACAAAUGAAUUAACAUUAUAAAUCAUUGGAUCGCUCAUUGCAACAUAUAUAGAUACCAAUCAUCAAGAGAUCACUUGCUUCGAAACCAUUUAUCAAGGAGUUUUUCAAAUAGUAAAAAAAAUAAAUUCUACUUCAAAACCAGUUUACCAUUUUUUAGGCUCAAUUUUAGCUACAAUAAUGUUUCAUUUCUAAGAUAGGCUUCCAACAAACUCAUUUACAUUAUGUAUCCAAGACCUCUUCAACUCUAAGCCAAUUGCUGCUUUUCCUAUUCUAGAAGCUGUUAUUAGAAGAUUAACACCCAAUCAUAAAUUACAUAAACAAGCUGUGAUCACUCUUGAUUCUUAACAUAGAGCUGUUAAAAAUUACUUCUAUAAAAACAACCUUGAGUUAUUACUAAACAGCAUUAUGCUGAUUUUGAAGAAUAACUAUGUUGAUUUGAUUGAUAAAGCCAUAGAUUUGCUUAGUUUUAUAAUUGAAGGCGAAUUCAUUACAGACAUUAAAGAAAAGGAUUUUCACAAACUAAGAAGAGCUGACAUCAGAAAUAACAACUCAUUAUAAUGCCAAUUAUCAAGAUUCAACCCCUGCAUCAUAGAAGCUGAAAUUUAGUAAUUGAUGAUUGAAAACUCAAACAUACAAUGGGUGGAUCCUACACGUUCAGAUAUUAAAAGAUUAUGGUCCAACAUCCUAGAUCCAGAAUUCAUCUCUUUACUGCUCAGAUUAUUACCAUAAUGCAACAUUUUAUGGAAUGUUUUAGGUAAAAUUUACUAGAAAUCUUAAGAUCUCAUUCUUUAUAUGACUCAAGAAGUCUAGAAACUCGACCCUAUCUAAUUGGAUCUUGUUAAUCUCUUGAAAUUUUCAUGUAGAACCAUUUUUGCUAAUACAAAUUAAGAUUGGCUUAUCUUUAAUAUGCAAUUAUUCUCUAAGGCGAAUACAAUUGAAUAAUAAGUUCAGGUGUUUCGAUUUUUAAGAGAAAUUUGCAGAUUUUACAGAUAGGUGCCUAAUUUUAAUAAAGAAUAUUUCAACCAAAUUUUUAUUUAGAUUAUUUAUAACUUUUUUAGCAAUUGGGUUUUGGCUGAAAAUGAUAUCUUGCGCACAGAGUACUAAUGUUACCAAAAUAUCAGAUACAAUAUCAAAGUAAUCACAUAAUUUAUAAACAAAAAUUACUUUUAAUUUUUUUAAUAAUAUAUCGCACAAAAUUUGAAUAAUCUCAAGGUAGUUGUUCAUGCGUUUGAUUUUUUAUUACUUGGGUUCAAAAGUUUAGUUUACUCUACAUCAUAUUAAUUAGACGUAUUAGUAAAAUUGCGUCAUUAUCAAAGUAUGGAUAGAUUUCUGUAUGCUUUUGAUCUUGACUCCUUUAACUAAUUCAAUUAUUAGUCCUUUUUUAUUGAACUAAUUGAUAUACUUUGGAAAAUCAAUGCUCAUUUAUAAACGAAUGGAAUUUAAACGAAAUUUUACUAUUAUCUUUGGGCAGCCUUAUUUGAUUCUGAACUUCUUAUUAAAUUUGAACCCAUCAUGCAAUCAAUACAAAUUGAUCGGAAACUUUUUUUUGAUUUUACACAAUUAUUAACAAUAUCUGAUGCAAGCCUACUCAAAAAAUGCCUAAGAUUAAUUAGUAAAUCCAAAAUAAGAUUUGAAAAAGUUGAGAACUACAAUAACUACACAUGCACUAUCAAUAAUAUAUUUGUGCCAACUGAAUGCUUGAAUAUUUUCGAUCAUUUCUAACUGAUUUAAGACGGAGAGUUGUAAGAACUCUAUUAUAGUAUUAAAUGUUGCAUUUAUAAUGCUCAAUAUGAGGCUUUUUAUAAUUCUGAGGAUUGUGACGACCUGCUCAAUAAAUUUUUGAUGGGAUUGAAUAGUUAUUUGACUAAUUUGUAGGAUAUUUAAUAAAUCUUGCUUAUUUCAAAGGGUUUCAGUAACAGCCGA